GAGGAUGAUGAGAAUUUCGACAAUGGCGGUAGAAGAAAGGCGUCCCUCCCCCAUCGCCACUGGCCUCCUGACCGCCUGGCACCUGAUACACCCUGGGAUGAUGAUGAGGAUGAUCAUGACAACCCUGACGGUGGCGAGCGGCAUGCGUUAAGGAGGGAAGAAGAGGAUAGUGAUGAAGAUGAAGGGGGUUUCGUUUUUGUCCGUCCGGAAUUCAUCAGCGUGCCACAGGAGUUGCCGAGGCUCUAG